GGUGAUUGCAUUUGAGCCGGCCCUGCAACCAACCCCUCUUCCUUUGUGUACUUUCCUCCCUCUCAUUACACUUCGAAGCAUAGCUGUAAUGCCUUUAAAUCCAUGGAUCACCCUCUCCUCCUUCUUAACAAUCAUCCUUCCCCUCUUGAACCCUUUUGUAGCUUUUGCAGUUAAUCCACAAGGCGAAGCUCUUCUUUCAUGGAAGCAAAGCCUGAAUGGAUCCACUGUGGCCUUGUCUAAUUGGGACCCAAGUGAUGAAACUCCAUGUGGGUGGCUUGGAAUCACUUGCAACAUCAACAAGGAGGUUGUGGAAUUGGAAUUAAGGUACUUGGAUUUAUAUGGUACAGUUCCAACUAAUCUCACUUCAUUGGUUUCAUUAACCAAGAUUAUACUUUCUAGUACAAACCUCACAGGUUCAAUCCCAAGAGAGAUUGCUAUACUGCGUGAACUGAAUUACUUGGACUUGAGAGACAAUGCGUUAACUGGUAAAAUCCCAUCUGAGAUUUGCAACUUGCUUAAGCUCCAAGAAAUCCACCUCAACUCGAACCAGCUAGAGGGCUCGAUUCCGGUUCAAAUCGGCAACCUCACAAGCUUGAAACGGCUGACUCUUUUUGAAAACCAGCUCAAUGGAGAAAUACCCAAUACCAUAGGCAACUUGAAGAACCUCCAAGUGUUAAGAGCCGGUAGAAACAAGAACCUUGGAGGCCUUAUUCCCCGAGAAAUCUGGAAUUGUACCGAGUUGACCAUGUUAGGCCUAACUCAUACAAGUGUCUUGGGUUUCCUUCCUCCGAGUCUUGGUCUCCUCAAGAAGCUUGAAACCAUAUUCAUCGGCUCAUCUCUCCUCUCCGGCCAAAUCCCACCUGAAAUCGGCAACUGUACCGCCCUCCAAAACAUCUACCUUCACGAAAAUUCACUCACCGGUUCAAUACCAAAAAGUCUCGAAAACCUCAAAAGCCUCCGAAAUCUUGUUCUCUGGAAGAACAGCUUGGUGGGGACUAUUCCAUCAGAGCUUGGAAAUUGCAAGGAAUUAUCAAUUCCUUUGGCAAUUUCCAAAUGUCAGAAUCUCGAGGCCCUUGAUUUAUCUGAAAACUUUUUGACUGGGAAUAUUCCCCAAGGAAUCUUCCAGUUCAAGAAACUGAAGACAAUCUAUCUUUUCUCCAACAAUUUAUCAGGUGAAAUACCGAGAGAGAUUGGGAACUUGGAAAAUCUGCAUAACUUGGAUCUUAGUUUGAAUCGAAUUUCGGGAAAUGUACCUGCUGAGAUCUUAGGCAGCCGAAACUUGACAUAUCUCAAUUUGCAUUCUAAUUUGAUCACUGGAAACUUUCCUGGUAAGUUAAGCCGCCUUCUUUUGUUGCAGUUUGUUGAUUUUUCGGAUAAUUUAAUUGAAGGUACUUGGCCACUUCAUGUACUUCCACAGCACAUUGUUUUCUUUUCAAUCUCAAGGAACAAUUUAAGCGGAGAGAUCCCAUUCUCGAUUUGCGAUCUCAAUUUUGUAAAAUACCUUGAUUUCUCUCAUAAUCAUUUUAGUAUGAUUCCUCCAUGUUUGGGAAAUAUGAGUGAUCUCAUAAAUUUGGAACUGCGAAAUAACAAUCUUCAUGGUUCCAUCCCAAAAUUUGUAAAGUGCAGUAACUUGAGAAGUCUUAAACUGGCCGACAAUCAAUUAGAAGGGCCAUUACCACGUUCAUUGGUCAAUUGCAAGAAAUUAGAAAUUCUAGACAUUGCUAACAACAAGGUUAAUGGCACAUUCCCUCAUUGGGUGGUAAAUCUUCCAGAGUUGCGGGUUCUCUUAUUGCGAUCAAAUAACUUUCACGGUUCCAUUGGUAAUCAUAAGACUAAAUUCUCAUCACCUAAUUUGAGAAUUAUAGACCUCUCUCACAAUAUGUUCCAUGGUCAUUUGCCAUCAAACUUUUUCAAGUAUUUAUCAGCCAUGAUGAAUGGGAACAUGGAUAGCGGUGGAUUGCAAUAUAUGGGUGAUGAUUAUUUUUUUGUUUGGAGAAGAUAUUUCUAUGAUUUUUAUUCUUAUUAUUAUGAAAAUGUUACGAUUGAUGUUACAAUUGGUAUUAAAGGGAAUUAUAUUGAUGUAGUGAAAAUACACACUCUAUUGACAACCAUUGAUUUUUCCAACAAUAGUUUCAAAGGAGAAAUUCCAAACGUAAUUGGAAAACUCGGAUCACUUAAAGGGCUAAAUUUUUCACACAAUAAUCUUAUGGGUCAUAUACCUAGAUCAUUUGGAAAUUUAACUAAUCUUGAAUGGUUAGAUCUCUCCUCAAACAAGCUCACAGGUGACAUUCCUAUACAAUUGACAGAUCUUACAUCAUUGGCAAUUUUAAAUCUCUCAAAAAACCAUCUUGUGGGAUUGAUACCUCAAGGUAAACAGUUUAAUACGUUUACAAAUGCUUCUUACAGUGGAAACUUUGGUUUAUGUGGAUUUCCAUUGACAAAAACUUGUGGCAAUGAUGAGGGACAACAACCGCCACCAUCACCAACCAUCCAAGAAGAUGAUUUUGGAUUUGCAAAUGGAUUUCAUUGGAAAGUUGUAUUGUUGGGAUACGGAUGUGGUUUCAUGUUCGGAUUAGGUAUGGGAUAUCUUGUGUUCUCAAGUGAAAAAACAAAAUGUCUCUUGAAUAUUAUUUAUGGAGAACGUCGCAACAAGGUGUAAAGAUCCAAGAAGAAUGCUCAUGGAGGAAUUAAUUGAAGCAGAAUUGUGCAGAUACAAAUAAUGAUUUCAGGAUAAAGGAGGUGUUGUUGGUUGGAUCACUUGAAGAGUGGAGUUAAUUUUACUAGUGCAAAAUAAGAUGUUUUCAUUAUGCAUGUUUUAAUUCAAUUAUGUUUCUCCUAGAGUUUUUUUUUCCCCACCAAAUGUGUUGAAAUAAAAAUUUGUUUUGAUAUAACUA